CAUGUUCAAGGUGACUUUACAACCUAAGUUAAAAGAGAGUAUGAGAGAGAGAGGUAGAGAGAGAGAGAGAGAAGAGGCGACUACCGGACACGGGAAAGGUGGACGACACAGAGCAGAGAGCACGGCAGAUCUUCAUGGGAAUUUCAACAGAGGAGGACGAUUACAGAUGGAAAGCAGGAAUCUCAGAUUAACCAGAAACAGCCCACCUAGAAGAAGCAAAAAUGGUAGUAGAUUUGGAUUUGUAAGAUUUAUGGGAGUGAAGGAUAGGAAAGAGCUUGAAAGAAAGCUGGACAACAUCUGGAUCGGUGACUGCAAACUAUGGGUAAACUACCCGAGGUACAAUGACAUCCAACAGAAGGGAAGGGAGAAUGCAACAAUGCAUGUCCCGGAGCUACAAGUGCAGAACAGGUCCUACGCAAAAGUGGUGAAGGGGCAUCAAACGAGUAGACAUGGAAAAGGGGAAGCAAAGAGGAGCAGGGAGGAGUUCGGCUUGGACAAAGAGCAGGUCAGAAAUAUCGCCAGACUGGAGGACCAGUUAAUGGACAAAAAGAAGAUAUGGGUCGAGAAAGGAAAGAAGGAUUCUUGGGCUGGCUUCGAGUAUAACACCAACAAAGAAGAAUCCACAUGGUUGGAGGGUUGCUAUGUGGGAACGACCCACUAUGUAGAAAUGGUCAGGAACUUGCAGGAAAAAUUUUAUAUGGAAGGAUAUUUCACCUGCAGAGUUCGUGCAAUGGGAGGAAGAUUGGUACUGAUGGACUGUGAAGACAAAGAAGAGUUGAAAGACUUGGUUGAAUCGUCAUCAGAAUGGCUGGGUCAAUGGUUCAAAAAGAUUUUUUUGAAUCCAUGGGGUGUUCAUGGGGCAAGUUCAUAUGUUUGGAUGAUAGCACAAGCCAUAGAAGGAGGGAGUGAGAUCGAGGAUUAUGGAUGUGGAAAAGCAAUAGAGGAAAAACAGGGGAUCAACAUCUCGAGGGAGCUCGAGCUUAAAGAUGAUGACGUGGAAUGUAACAGAGGAGAGUUAGGUGGCAUGUCCCAAUCACACGUGCAACAAGAGGAAGAGGAGACAGUGGAGAAAGUGGCGAACAGCUUGGAGUGGGCUCUACAACAGUGGCCAGCAAAGAAGAAAUGGGAGAUCUCAAUGGGCAAGACAAAUUCGGUGUACCUCAAGUCGAGAUCUGCAGAAGAAGGGAUUCAGAGGGGAAAAAACAGAGGGAGGCAAAACAAGAAACCAAAGGAGGGGAUGACGGAGCCGAAGUUCAUAGCAAGCCCAUAUGGUGAAAUCGCAGGGGAAUCGGUAGAAGAUAGUGGGAUUCAAAACUGUAAUCGAGCUUUGAGAAAGCAAUUGCAAUCCCAACUAGUGAAGGACAUAUGGGAUCUAGCCAAAAGAUUGGGUGCCACAGCGGAGAAUGAUGAGGAGAUACUACAAAAAAUCAAUGAAAUGGAGGGUAGAGAUAAUCGAAGCAAAGCAGAUCUAGCGAGGAGAGCGGCAGAAGAAGCAAAGAAGACAGAGGUAAUUGAAGGAAAAGAUUUCAUAGGUGUUUUUGGGGAAUGGGGGGAGGAUAGGUUGCCUGUCUAUAUACUUAAUAUUUACUCCUCAUGUCACUUGGAAGAAAAAAGAGCAUUAUGGAAGGAGUUGUUGAUGCUGAUUACUAGUAGAAAGGGCAAUUGGUGUUUGGGGGGAGACUUCAACGCAGCAAGAAAAGUAGGGGACAGAGUAGGUUGCAGAGGGACGACCAGAGAAAUGAGGGAGUUUAAUAGUUUUAUUCAAGAUGCUGGGCUGGUAGAUUUACCCUUGGUGGGUAGGAGGUACACUUGGCACAGUGCUAAUGGGCAACAUAGAAGUAGAAUUGAUAAGUUCUUACUGUCAGAUGACUGGCUGAAGAAUUGGAGCGACUUAAAACAGUGGGGUUUGGGAAGAACAGUGUCUGAUCAUUGCCCUCUAUUAUUAAAGAAUGAAAAGGUUGAUUGGGGGCCAAAACCUUUUAAAUUCUUUGAUGCUUGGCUAGAAUAUCCUGAUUGCAAACAGUUGAUAAGCCAGGUGUGGAAUUCAAAAGUAGGGAGUGGAUGGAUGGGAUUCAGACUCAAAGAAAAGUUGAAAAAAACCAAAAAAGCCCUGAAGGAAUGGAGUGCAAACCACAUGGCGGAUGUGGACAGAAGAAUAGUUGAAGCUGAAAAGAACAUAGCAGAACUGGACAGGAAGGAAGAAAACAGCCAACUCACAACAGACGAUAUCGAAAUAAGGAGAAGCAGCUUCCUCGACUUGUGGAAGAAUAUGAGAAUCAAAGAGAGCAUGCUGCAACAGAAAUCAAGAAAGAUGUGGCUGAAAGAGGGGGAUGCAAACACAAAAUUUUACCACAGAAGUGUGAAGGGCAGAUGGAGAAGAAACGAAAUCAAUAGCAUCCAGAUCAAUGGGGAGCAAUUUAGAGGUGUGUCUGAGAUUAGAGAGGGUGUGGUAAAGUAUUUUAAGGGGCUAUUUACAGAAGAAGAGUGGCAAAGACCAAAGCUGGACGGAAUCAACUUUAGACAACUAGCUGAUAAGGACAAUGAUUUCCUGAUGGCAAAAUUCACUGAAGAAGAAAUUCAAAAUGUAGUGUGGGAUUGUGACUCGACAAAGUCCCCGGGCCUGGAUGGAUUCAAUUUCAGAUUCAUAAAGACAAUGUGGGAGGAAAUAAAGCAAGGUGUCAUAGGAUUCGUGCUGGAAUUCCAUGAGCAUGGCAAAAUAGUGAGAGGCUCAAACUCCUCCUUUAUUACCUUAAUCCCGAAGGUUGAAAACCCCCAAAGAAUUGAGGAGUACAGACCAAUCUCUCUCAUUGGAGUUAUAUAUAAGAUUCUUGCAAAGCUGUUAGCCAAUCGCCUCAGGAAAGUGAUCGACGAAGCGAAAAGGAAAAGAAUAAAGAGUUUUCUAUUCAAAGUGGAUUUUGAAAAAGCUUAUGACAAGGUGAGCUGGGAUUUUGUUGAUUAUAUGCUUAUGAGGACGGGAUUCACAGCUAAGUGGAGAAAGUGGAUAAAGGAAUGCUUACAAUCGAGUAUGAUCUCAAUCCUUGUGAAUGGAAGCCCAACAAAGCAAUUCUCGGUCAACAAGGGAAUAAGACAAGGCGACCCGCUCUCACCUUUUUUAUUCCUAUUAGUGGUAGAAGGUUUGAAUGGGCUAAUGCAAUUGGCAGUGGACAAAGACUUGUUUAAAGGGGUGAGGAUUGGUAACGGGAAUGUAGCAGUAUCUCAUCUCCAAUUUGCCGAUGAUACUUUAUUUUUUGGGGAGGCUUCGGAAGAAAACAUAAAGGCAAUCAAAUGCAUUAUGAGGACUUUCGAACUUGCUUCGGGUUUGAAGAUCAACUUUGGAAAAAUUCAGAUAAUGGAGAUCGGAACGGAGGAGGGCUGGCAGGAGCGAAUGGCUUAUAGACUGUGCUGCAAAGGGGGAGAACUACCGUUCAAGUACUUGGGAAUUCCAAUCGGAGGGAAUCACAGAAAGUUAUCAAUGUGGAAGCCUCUGAUGGAAUCUUUCAAGAAGAAACUAGCUAGCUGGAAAAGUCAAAACUUAUCCCUUGGAGGUCGGAUCACGCUCUUAAACUCUGUGUUGUCCAGUUUACUCGUGUAUUUGAUGUCGGCCUACUUAAUCCCCAAAGGUACUCUCUCUUCUCUAGAUAAAAUACGUAGGAAUUUUUUAUGGGAAGGGUCGAAGGAGGAGAAAAAAAUCAAAUGGGUGAGCUGGGAAAGGGUGUGUAGGAAGAAGGAGUGUGGAGGCCUAGGAGUAAAGGACCUAAGAAAGUUUAAUCUGGCGCUAAUGGGAAAAUGGUGGGGAAGGUUAGCGAAAGGGGAAGAGGGGCUUUGGGGGAAAGUCAUAAAAGGAAAAUAUGGAGUAAAUGGGGGACAGUGGAUGGGCUGGGUGAGAGACGGAAGAAGAGUAGGUUCACUUUGGUGGAGAGACAUGCAAAGUCUCAAUGUCGGGGGGGCCGGGAAUGAGGGAUGGUUGACGGAGGGUUUUAGAAUUAAGAUAGGGGAAGGGAAAGGAGUGAGUUUUUGGUGGGAUGAGUGGUGUGGAGAGAACUGCCUAGCGAAUAUAUAUCCUAGAUUGUAUGCCUUGUCAACAGGGAAGGAAAAAGAUUGCCAGAAAAUGGGAGAGGAUCACAAUGGUACAUGGAAGUGGAACAUGACAUGGAGAAGGGCCCUGUUCCAGUGGGAGGAUGAGGCUGAAAAGGAGCUGCGGAAGACAAUCGACAAAGUUAAAAUCUCCCCAGGUUGUGCAGAUAGAUGGGAGUGGAUACAUAGCGUCGAUGGACAAUAUUCAACGACAACAGCUUAUGCAAUAUUAGCAAAACAAGGGAGGGAUGACGAGGAGGAGAAAAUGUCAAAGAGAGUAUGGAAUCCGACCAUCCCAACGAAAGUAGCUGCAUUCAACUGGAAGGCCAACAUUUCAACACUUGGGGGUGUGGACCAAAAAACCACACAAAAAGGAAGGGUGGGACUGUAUAUGGAAUGCACUGUUAUGGACGGUGUGGACGGUGCGCAACAAAAAGCUUUUUGACAAUGCUGAGGUAAAUUUGAUUAAUCUUUUUGAACUUAUUCAAUUAAGAUCUUUUGCUUGGAUCAAAGCUAGGAAACCCAAGUGUUACUUCAAUCUAUCAGAUUGGUUAAUCAAUCCUGCUUCUUGUCUUAGUAAAGUAAAGUAGGACAUGUUUG